UGACGGCAACUCUAAAGGCAGGUUCAUGCUGCCAGGCUCCAAACAAAAAGAGUACCCAACAUCUGCCAACAUAACUUGAUUUCCUAUUGGAUAAAGGGGAAAUAAAGGGGAAUAUUCCUAGAAACAACAAAACCAGUUACAGGAAUGGACUGCCAUUUUUCUGUCUGGGGAGUUUUGGCCUUCCUUAGUUUGGCUCUGCUUGUUUCAUUGACAUUGAAUAUUUCACACUGUAUGAAAAAGAAGCAAGAUAAAAUGGAUAAAGACUACGAAGAGAACAAUCCAAGCUAUGAUGGCUAUCACACAGAAGAUUAUCCAGUUUAUGGCAAUCUCAAUCAAGAUAUUUUAGAAGAAUGUUGUUACGAGCAGAUGAAGUCCCAGCCUCAAAGAGCAGUUAACCAGCUACAGGUGGAGUCUGCCAAUCAGAUGUGUUAUGCCUCACUUGAUCACAGUGUCAAGGGAAAACGCAGAAAACCAAGGAGAAAGAAAGAUCCUUCAUUAGAAGAAAAUGAGGAAGAAAGAUCAUCUAAUCCCAUGGCAGCUUCCAAAAUUAUUUACCUCAAUAGUGAGCAGCUGGCAGCCGAAAACACGGCAAAAGUAGAAGCCAUUCAUGAUGACCCCAUCAGAUUAAUGGGCUUGAUUCAUAAUAAAAAAGGGGAGAACCGAAUAGGUAAUGAACCAAAUAUGUAACCAUAAAGUGAGAUUUGCUUUCUCAUUCUGGGGGAACAAGGAAUGAUUAGAGAUAAUAUUCUGGAAAGCUGACAUAUUAAUCAGUGGUAUGAAAUGGGUAAGUUAAGUGUUCCAAACUGUCUGCCAAGCAUGUUUAUAAACUAAGCAAGACAUAGGUCCAGGCUGCCACUCAUGGAUCUGCUCUUCUGAAGACAAUAUAAAAGUUGCAGAAGUUAGUACUCAGCAUUCACAUGGUAGUGAUUCCAGUAAAAAUUGAUCCUGUUCUAAACAAGCAUCAGCUUCCAAGCAGUCCUAAAAGACCUCCUCACUGUCUAUAGAGCUCUAGCAGAGUACAGCUAUUCUAUAUUAACUUCAAUACUUCUGAAAUGAGAUUGUGCUUCGUACUUGCACACUUGGUGAUUAGUUGUUUUUACCCAUUAAGAACUGAUCUGUUGUUCCCCACUGUGAACUUUCUGUGACUGGUCUAUGGCAAUGACUGGAGAAUAAUUUAACAGCUGAUUUAAAGUAGUAAUUGUACAUAUCACAAGACUUAGCAGUAUCUUCAUAUAGUUUUAAGUUUCCUCUAACAAUACUGGAAUAUGUCUCAUAUCUCAGUUCCUCUAUUAGUGUAAUAUUGUAUACAGCUGUAUUCAAGGGUCCACAAAGAUAUUAUAAAACCAUCUCUAACAAUAAAUCUAGGGAGGAUUUCUUCCUUCUAAUACUCUGUGUUAUGUUUACAUUCCUAUUGUGUUUUCCACUGCCAUCCUUACAAACUGUUUUACAAAAACAAAAAGCUUUUUAUUUCCCCAAACCCUUCA